CGCCUGGUCAAGGACAUGAAGAUCAAGUCCCUGGAGGAGAUCUACCUCUUUUCUCUGCCCAUCAAGGAAUCUGAGAUCAGAUUUUUCUUGAGGGCAUCCCUCAAGGAUGAAGUUUUGAAGAUCAUGCCUGUGCAAAAGCAGACCCAUGCUGGUCAGCGGACCAGGUUCAAGGCAUUUGUCGCCAUCAGGGAUUACAACAGACAUGUUGGUUUGGGUGUGAAGUGCUCUAAGGAGGUAGCCACUGCCAUCCGUGGGGCCAUCAUUCUGGCCAAGCUCUCCAUCGCCCCCGUGCGACGAGGCUACUGGGGGAACAAGAUCGGCAAGCCCCAUACCGUCCCUUGCAAGGUGACUGGCCGCUGUGGCUCUGUGCUGGUGCGCCUCAUCCCUGCACCCAGGGGCACUGGCAUCGUGCCCAAGAAGCUACUGAUGAUGGCUGGAAUUGACUGCUGCUACACCUCUGCCAGGGGCUGCACUGCCACGCUGGGUAACUUCGCCAAGGCCAAUUUUGAUGCCAUUUCCAAGACCUACAGUUAUAUCACUCCUGAUCUCUGGAAAGAGACUGUGUUCACCAAGUCUCUGUAUCAGGAAUUCACUGACCAUCUUGUAAAGACUCACACCAGAGUUUCCGUGCAGAGGACUCAGACUCCAGCUGUAGCCACCACAUAG